AAUAACAUCCAUUCGUGUCAUGAUUGCUCUUGCUGCCUUGAACAAUCUCGUGGUACACCAAAUGGAUGUUAAGACUGCUUUUUUGAACGGUGAUCUAGAUGAAGAAAUCUAUAUGGAACAACCAGAAAGGUUUGUUAUCCCCGAACAUGCCUUGAAAUUCUGUAAGUUAGAUAAAUCAUUAUAUGGUUUGAAACAGGCUCCAAAACAGUGGCAUGAGAAGUUUGACACUCUCGUUCUCUCACAUGGCUUUAAGGUGAAUGAAAGUGACAAGUGUAUUUACUGCAAGUCAGAGAAUAACACUUGUACUAUCAUAUGUUUGUAUGUAGAUGACAAGUUAAUAUUUGGGAGAAGCGAAAGUCAUGUUAAAAGAGAGCUUUAAGGUGAAAGAUCUGGGAGAAGCGAAGUUUAUGCUUGGAAUCCAGAUAACUAGAACAGCAAAUGGUUAUUCUCUAGAUCAUUCUAGCUACAUAGAGAAGAUCUUGAAGAAAUAUAACUAUGUCGACUGUAAACCUGCGUGUACUCCGUAUUAUGCUAGUGUAAAGCUAUUUAAGAACACUGGAGACAGUGUAAGACAAUCAGAAUAUGCUAGCAUCAUUGGCAGUCUCCGUUAUGCUGCGGAUUACACUCGACCAGACAUUGCAUAUGUCGUGAGAUUGCUUGGCAGGUUUAACAGUUGUCCUAGUAGAGAGCAUUGGAAUGCUAUAGAGAGGGUCAUGAGAUACCUCAAGAGAACAGCAAACCUUGGUAUACACUAUCAAAGGUUUCCCGCUGUACUAGAAGGGUAUAGUGAUGCGGAUUGGAAUACCCUAUCAGAUGACUCCAAGGAAACCAGCGGGUAUGUUUUUAACAUCGCUGGUGGAGCUGUGUCUUGGAAGUCAAAGAAACAAACAAUCCUAGCUCAACCAACUAUGGAAUCAGAGAUGAUAGCACUAGCAACGGCUAGUGAAGAAGCAAGUUGGUUGAGAGGAUUGUUGUUAGAGAUUCCCCUAUGGGAAAGGCCGGUCCCUCCGGUAUUGAUACAUUGUGAUAGUACCGCAGCUAUUGCUAAAGUUGAGAACCAGUUCUAUAACGGAAAGAAACGACAGAUUCAUCGUAAGCACAGUACUGUAAGAGAACUCCUAACGAUAGGCGCAGUGAGGGUGGAUCAUAUAAGAUCCGAACAGAAUCUAGCUGAUCCUUUGACGAAAGGAUUACCGAGAGAGAAAGUCCAUAAUACCGCCAAGGGUAUGGGACUUAUGCCUACCGAACCACGGACUACAAGUGAUGGUAACCCGACCCAAUAGACUGGAGAUCCCAAGAAAUGGGUUCAAUGGGUAUUAACAAGUCAUGAGUAGUAUGCGAAAAGUUCAUGCAUAGUGAAGCAUGAAUCCCAAAGCAAUGGAGGUUGAGUUAAUAACUCUUAAUGAGAUCUAUACCCUAUGUGGGGUGGAGUACUUUACUUUGGGGGUACUCCUGAUAGACUCACCUAUGUGAAUGUGGGAGUGGGGCCGCUCCCUAUGGAACUUUGGAGGCACAAAGUUGCUAGAGCGUUCACUAAACCAAGAUAACGUGCAUGGCCAUAAACGCACGGGCUAAGAAGAGAACACAACUCAAUGAAAAGAUCCGGUGUGCUACACUGUCUGAGAUAGGGUUCAAGACUACGAGUCACCCUUAUGAAAUCAGAAGUGUAACCACUACGCUAAGGUUCAAAUCUUCGCGAUACCUUAGCUUAUGCCCGAUCUUAUGGAACUGUUGAUGCUCAGAGAUAGUUUCAAAACUAUUCAAGUGGGGGAUUGUUGGAAAUGAAUAAAUGAAUAGCUUUGAA